ACAGAGUUGUCCGCCAUCUUAGUUGCGUGUUGUCUUCUCUCAACUUCUGAACUGAAAAUUAAUAAUAAAACGCAUUUAAAGCGAUGCCCAAUUGAGCGAAACACAAAAAAGUGCUACAAAAUAUAUUCACCUACAGCUGAGAGAUCGUCUGGAGUUUGCAACUAAAAGAUUUCAAGGCGAAAAUUGCAUUUGAAAGUGGAAUUGCAGGGCGAAGAAAAAAUUUUGCUGCAAGAAAAAUUCCCAGAUCAAAUAACGAAAGUCAGGCGACGAACCAACAACAACAGCAAGUACCAGGCACCAAUCAGCAGCAACAGAAACAGACGGGACAGAACGAGGAGAGGACCAACAGACGAGAGCGGCAACGGCUUCACAUUGGACAUGUCAUGUCAGCAAGCGUCCAGAUUUCAUCCAGCCACAACAGCAACAGCAGCAGCAGCACUAGCUAGGAACACAGCCACCAAAAGAAUUGCCACAGCAGCAGCGGUAGCAAUAAGCACAGCAGCAGCCGCAACAGCAGCCACGCUGACGCCAGGGGAGAGCGUCGCCGGCAAGACGACGACAGAGGACUCGGAUCCGUAUGCAUUCACAGAGACCGUUUCAGUCGCGCCGCCAAUUCUAUUCAAUGCACAGAAAUCGCGAGCCCGCUUAAGCGAAAACAACAACAAGAGCAACAGAAAGAGCAACAAUAGGAAGCUAGCAGCAACAGCUGGGGCAAGCAACAGAAAGGCCACUCUUGCGGCACAGCUUAAUGCCACAGCAGCAGCAGUAGCAGCAGCAGCAGCAGCAACAGCAACAGCAACCGCAAAGGCGCAGGCGUCUUUAGCAACAAUAACAACAGCAACAGCAACAACGAAUUUCAAUAAUGUCACGCAAUCUCAGAGACAGCAGCCAGCUUUGUCGCCGGCGCAGUUGCCGCUGCAAGCGCAAGCGUCACCGAAGCGGGCUACCAACGUCUGCAUCGUUCGGCCGCAGCAACAGCAGCAGGAGAAACUAGCAGCAGAGGCAUGCCAGCAGCCGCCCACACCACCUACGCCGCCGCCACCUCUCUACUCCCAUACGCCCUCGCUGUGGCAGACGCCGCUCAUUCUGGACAUCAGCCAGAAGCAGCAGCAGCCGCAGCCGCAGCACCCGUACCAGCAGCAGCAGAACCAUCAUCAGCUCCAGGCUGUGUCCAUUGCAUUGGCCAGUCCGCCUACAUCGCCCGCCUCGUUACCCUCGCCCACUCUGACACCCACAGCCGCUGUGACCGCCAUGGUGUCACCGAUUGUCUCGCCCAAGGGUGGCCUGCCCCUGCCGCCGUCGAAGUUCCAUCACACCACAUUGGCCCAGCACUUGCAGAAGGUGGAGUGCCUCAAGAAGAAAAAGUCCUUGCCGCUGACAUGCCAGAACAACAAUAACAAUAACAAACAACAUAACCACAUGGUAGAGUCACUGAACAAGACGAUAGGGACAGGGACAACAACAAUAACGUACAACCUGACACAACCGCCACCACUGACGGUGUUCAAUACGGGAACAGUCCAAGCGGCGGCUCCUCCGCCAGCAGCAGCCGCUCCUCCACAGAAACAGAAACAUUCCACCAGCACCUUGGAUGACAGCGAUCUCAAUGAGAUACCCGUCAAUGUUAUCUUUCGCAAGCCGCCAGUCUUGAUGGCCGGAACAGGAGUAGGAGGAGUAGCAGCAGGAGCAGCAGCACCAGCAGGACAAGCCCAGCCGAACGGAGUCAAGAUGUUGCUACCCACGCCGCCGGCAACUCCACCAGAGGUGACAACGCCACCGCUACUGGCUCAUCGACUGCCCAGCUCGAAAGCUUCUACUCCAGUUGUUUCCCUGGGAUCUGCUUUGCGUUCUGCGGGUACUCUGCUGGUCGUCUCAGGAGGCAGCACCCCUGCAGCAGCCACACAGGCAACGUCUUCGCUUCACACACCCCUCAACCCGCCCGUUAAUCCUGCAGCAUCCAUCAAAUCUGAAAAAAUGUCUUCCAAAGUUGCCAAUGCUAAUGCUGCCGUCAAUGCAAACGCCGCGCCAAAACGUCAAACGCCAGGAGCUGGCGGCAGAAGAGGCAACAACAACAAAACCAACAAUGCAGCGAGCGUCGCCAAGAAGAAUUUAGCGUCAAAGCCACCUCCACCACAGGAUCUGAAACCGAAUCCGAUUGUACCCCCCAUACCCAUUGCAGACAAGACAGAACCUGCUCUCCGCCAGCGGCGUCGGAAGGCCGCCUCCAAGCGCUACUCUGCGACGAUCAACGAAAAUGAGACGACGGAAAAUGCGACAGACUCGCCGUACUGUUUACAGCAGCAUUGGAUGCACACCACCGGCAGGGAUAUGAUCCUUGACUUUCCCCUCUCGCCCAGCAAUCGCCGGGAGGAACGGAUUGCCGUCCGCAAGGGUAUGCUGAGGCGUCAGGCGCUGCAGCUACAGUCCACUCGAUCUCUGCAGGAUUUGCCAGUGCGAGCGGCCCGCCAGCGCCUCCAGUGCGUCCAAAAUAUGCUGGUCAAAUAUCAGGAUCACGCAGGACAGCAGCAGAGCAUAGGGAUUGGCCAUCGCUGCCUGGUGUCCACCUGUAAACAGCCCACGCUCACCAUGGCCGCCCACUGCGAGCGCCACAUUGUGAACAACAGCACCCAGCAGCUGUUCCAGCCGUGUGCGGCCUGGCUCAUGGAUGGCACCGCCUGCCUGGCGCCUGUCUUCGAUGUCCUGCAUACGCUGCCCCUGUGCACAAUCCACAGCCACCUUCGUGCCGGCCUCGAGAAGGUCCGGCCAAUGGCCAAGCUGACGGCCGCGAAUCUGCCUUUGGCAGUGGCAACACCCGCAGCGGCCGUGCCGGCCAAGCGCAAACGCAAGGCAAAUCCCAAUCCUGUGAGUCGGCCGCAGAAACGGGGCAGGAAACCGAACACUGAGCAACAGAUGAGCCACCAAAUUAGCAGGCAGCCUACCACGCUACCGGUGAUGCAGCCGGUAGUGAUGCAGCGAAAGAGCAGCACCACCUCGCUGGAGUCCAUAGCCAGCAAUUCGCAGUGUUCCUCGGUCAACUCUCAUUCCCAGCUGUCCUACACGCCGCUCACGCCCACGCCAACGCCAACGCAAACGUUCACACCCGCGCCAGUCCCAGUAUCUGUGCCAGCGCCACCCGGUUUGCCACACUUGUCCAUACCGCCGGCGCUAGCUCCACUCAGCGGGGAUUACCAACCGAAGCAGCAACAGCAGCAUCAGCAGCAACAGCAUCAGGCGCUAUUUAAAUUCGAGGCUGAUCCGCACGUCCAGCAGUUGGAGAGUGGCCUCAAUAUGCUGGCCAGUGCCAAUAUCAAUAUCAAGGCCGAAGAGAUUAACCAAAUUGUGGCACAGCUGGCGGCGGCUGGUGGGGAUCUGCAGCCGCAAAGCAACCUGCACAACAACAACAACAAUAGCCUACACUUCAACAACAACAACAUGAGCUACAGCAACAACAAUAGUUUCCCCUCGUUCAACGCUGCCUUCGGCAAUGCCAUUGGUCAGCCCACGCACAACGGCCACCAGACGGCCCUGGCCCUGGCCAACACGGCGAAUCUGUUGGGCCAGGACAUGUUCGGUAUAUGCGAGAACAGCUCGGCGUACGCCAGUUCCGAGGACACGGGACUGGGUGGCCUGAGCGAAUCGGAGCUGAUUGGCGCUAACGAUGCUGAUGACAUAGCAUUGAAUGGCGCCCACUUGCUGGAGGAGCACGAUCUGGUAAAUGUGUUCGACACGCUGCCGGACGAUGCCUUCAACGAGCUCUUUCAAUCCGUGCAACAAGCCGAGUGCGAGGCCAUGGAUCGGGCGCUCGAGAUCGCCGACAAGAACCUCAAGUGUCUGCAACAGACGAUUGUCGGCUCAGAGGAUAGCGACCUGCUUAGCGAUUUCCUCGAUGAUAUGUUAGCCGACGGGGUAAUUAGCUCAACGAACACGUCCGGCAUCGAUGCCGCCACGCUGUUCGUCGACAGCAGCAGCGGCGGCGGCACCAGCAGCAGCAACAGCGCCAACAGCAGCUGCACGCCGGCCUCCGCCUCCGUGGCAGACAUACGCGGCUUGGUGCAGACCUAAGACGCGGUGCUCCCGGCCGAGGACCAGAUCAAAGGCUAUAGCUGGCACACGGCUAGCGUCACUUUCAAGAGAUCUUUCGAGCUAUGAACUGCACUUUCUUCUGAGCAGCUUUCGUGAAGAGUUUAGGUGUUUUCGGCAAAUUUCUCACCAGAUUCUGGUUCGGCACACACUUCUAUAUAAAUGCUGCUCGAAUGUAUGUAUCUUUAUAGUAUAUGCGCCUGCACAUAUGCAUACGGAAAUCGUAUAGAUAUGGGUUAAAUGUAAAAAUCAAAAACAAAAAAAAAACACUAAAAAUUCUAAAAAUUGAGUAAAAAAAUUUCGAUAAAAUAUUUAAAGCAACUUAAACAACAAAUACCUAAUAAAAGAAACAAACAAGAAUGAAAAUAUAUGUGUGAGAAGACACGAAAACUCACACAGGCACACAACCGACACACACACACACACACACAGAGCAGUAGCAUUAUAUAGCUCUUAAUGUAAUCUUAAUUGUUAGCAAAACAACAACAACAAACGAGGAUUGUAGAGUGCAGCUUUAUUAUACAUACAUAAAGAAGAGACAAACAUAAACAGACAAGAAUUAUAUAGAAAGGAAUCAGAAGCAGCAACAGAAACGAGAAAUCAGAACACAAACACUAGAGAAAAACCCAAAAACCCACGUCUGUAGGGAAUCAUAGCAACAGAUUUCGAUUUUCAAUUAAAUUCGAUGGCAUUCAUCGUUCAGCUAAGUAAUCAAAUGAAUUUGUUUAAACAACUUUGUGGGGAGCGCAUUUACAGCAGAAACACUUUACACUCGAGAUCGAGAUAUUCAGAUAUUCAGAUAUCCAGAUAUGAGAAUUGCAAUCAAUUACAAAACAAAGAAAUACAAAAACAGCAGACGGAUAAUAAGGAUUAUUAGUAGUUUUUGUAUAAUACUUGAUUUGCACACACACAUACAAUACACAGAUACAUUUAUACACACACAUACAUACAACGUACAAGGGACUAGUUUGAAACCGCGAAUCGUAUUACUAAAUAUACAUACUAUAUACUUAUAUAAAACAUAUAUAAAUAUAUAUAUAUAUAAAUACAAAACAAAACAAAAAAUACUAUAUAUAUGUAACACCAUACAUCUUAAGAGUAAGCUUUAAUUUAAACCAUUAAACCACCCCCAACAAAACAAAUAAAAAAAAAAACGAGAGAGAAAAAUCAACAAAAAAUAAAAAAAUAGCAGAGAUAAAUGUAGAACUUGGGUUUGAACUCGAUUUUAAUUUAGCCUAAACAAUUUUAAAAAGCAAAAUUAGGCUGCCCUCCAACCAAGCAACGUUUUUGAGUUUUCUGCCUUGCGAUUGUUCUGUAAAAUAUCAAGUAUAAAUAUAACUUAACUAAACUGUAAUUUUCUUUAGUUAGUGACACACACGUACUAUAUACAUAUAAACAAAGGGAUAUAUGCGAGUACAUAGUAUAUAUAUCUAUAUAUAAAACCAAUACACAUAUACACAAAAACAUGCAAGAAAACUGUUACGCUUUAAAAUACGAUUAAAUACGACUCAAAACCAACCAAUAACCAACCAAACCCCCUUCCAGACUUUCCCCAAAUCAUUUCAUUCCAAAAAAACCACACCCACACCCCAAAAACCAUCCAUUGUAAGUUUUCAUUUGUCAUCUGUCGUCUGAGCAAGUAUUAAAUGAAUGAAAAAUACGUUUAAUAAACCCCUGGAUAACUAUGUAUUUGUAUAUGUUGAAGCAUCCUUCAUUGCACACCGAUUACCCCCCCACAAACACAGGCACACAUGCUCAUCGCUCAUUGGGAUUGUCCUUUUCGGGAAAGUUUUGAGGGAACGAACGAGCAGAAAGAUGGAACUACUUAUAAACAUAAUGGAAAAUCUGUAAUAUAUUAUAUGAUACGAUAUGAUAUGUGUAACUCCCGCACUCUCACUCUCUAUCUCCAUAUAUAGAUGUAACUGAACUGUAUGUAUUUGUUUUUGAGUUAGUUUAUUACAUUACUGAUUAAUGGGUUCACAUUUCACGUAGAGCCCUGCCCCUGCCCCCAAACGCUACUCUGAUCUACUUAGCUGUGCAAGUGACGCGAACAAAAUUACUGUUUUUUUAUAUAUACUAUACCGAAACUAUGAAACUAUACUGUGUAUUUCUCUAUGCUUUACGAUAUUUUUGUUAGCCAAAACUGGUUUAAUUUGUAAGAACUGCAGAGAUGGGUCGUCAACGUCGUCCCCCUCCAGAAGCCGCCUCGUUUUCAUCAUUUGAAGUUUUUUUUUUCCCAACUUUUUCGGUAUGAGGUACAAUUUCAUUUUUGUAAUUUAUGUGCAUUUUUGUGAUCUAAUUUGUGUAACUAUUAUAAACGAAAAAAAAACAACAAAAUACUUUAAGAAAACGAAACAAACAAAAAAAAAAAA